AUGGCGCCCCCACGGGCCCCCAAAUCCCGAAUCACCUGGUGGAUGCGUGUUCGCCGCUUCAUCUACGAUCUCGAGUCACCGCUGCGUCUCCGGCACACCCUCGCCCGUCUGAGCCACCGACACCAGCACCCAUUCCUUUCUUUGCUCCGUCUGUGUCUUCCGAUCCCAACAUGGCACUUUGGUCUUCCCGACCCGGUCCCCCUCAAGACCAUGCUGAACAAUGUCCCGCUGCUCCAGUCCCGCAAGGCCUCGGCGGACCUCACCAAUAUGCGAUCCAUCCCCCUCUGGCGCGCUCGAGAUACCCCGCUCCGAUCCCUGUACCGUCUCUAUGAGGCCAUCGUCGCGCGCGAGUUCUACGCCAUUGGUCCGGAGGUCGAAUACUUCUUCUACCAGUCUCGUCGGUCCUGGGCCAUACACCGCAUCCCGGACCCGGAGGACCACGACCCCGUUCGAUAUGCGAUCCUCGCGUGCAUUGCAGAGGAGCUUGCCCUGGCAUUCAACUGGCGGAUGGGGCUUGGGAUGCGACGGGAUAAGACCAAACAUAUCUACCGCAAGACGUUCGAUGACCUCCUUCCGCCCUUCGUGGCUGAAAUCGCGCCUGGCUGGACCAGACGCGUAGGACCCAUUGAUGUUGACUUGCUGGAAGACUUCCCCGCUGAACUGCGCGAUGCAGCGGGGAGACUGGUUCUCGAAGAAGGCGGCGAGAACCCCAAUUUUGCAGACAGAAAUAUCGUGACGGAUACCGGGCACUUCUACACUGUUUAG